AUGGCAGGUAGAUUGAACCAUUUAGAAACGCAGAAUAGUGGGAAACUCCCUUCUCAACCUCUUAAUCCAAGAGAUUAUGUCAACGCUGUGAUAUUGAGAAGUGGUACACAAACUGUGCAACCAGAGGAUACUGAGAAAAACAAAUACCUUAAGGGGCCGGUAUUGGAAAAAGAGAUUAGUGACAAUUCCCAAAACAAUGAGGUACCUAAAACAAACUCUAAACCUCUUGUUUCUACUUAUGUUCCCCCUUUACUUUUUUCUCGCAGGUUUGCUAAUUCUAAAAAGGUGGAACAAGAUAAGGAGAUUUUAGAUAUUUUCAGGAAGAUUCAUGUGAACAUUCCAUUGGUAGAUGCAAUUAAACAAGUCCCAAAGUAUGCAAGAAUUCUCAAGGACUUGUGUACCAAUAAGCAAAGGUUAACCGGUUAUGAGGUAAUGAAAGUGGGGGAAAAUACUUCGUCUAUCUUGCAAAAGAAACUCCCACUUAAAUGUAAAGACCCCGGUAGUUUUGAUAUUCCUAUUGUUAUUGGUAACACUAUGUUUAAUAAGGUUAUGCUUGAUUUAGGAGCAUCAGUAAAUGUUAUGCCUGCAUCUAUAUAUAACUCUCUCAAUUUAGGUCCCUUGAAAGAAACAUCUAUACAGUUAGAUGACCGUUCUAAUGUAUACCCUAGAGGUAUUAUUGAGGAUAUUCUUGUGCAGGUGAACCAACUAAUUUUUCCAGCGGAUUUUUGUGUGUUGGAGAUGAUAUACGGAUCAAAUGACACAUCUCUACCUUUGCUUCUUGGUCGACCAUUUAUGUGCAUGGCUAGAACUAAAAUUGAUGUGCAUGAUGGUUCUUUGACUAUGGGAUUUGAUGGAGAAGUAAUACGUUUCAAUAUUUACGAAACGAUGAGAUAUCUUAGUGAUGUCCUCUCUUGCUUCUCCAUUGAUGUGAUUGAUACCUUGGCUCAGCAGAUGUUCAAUAUGAAUGGGGAAGAUGUGCUUGAAACCUUGUUAACUACACCCAUUGAUGGAAGAUUUGAGCGUGAAGAAGAAACCAAAGAAUCCUUAGGCUUUCUCAACUCUUUAUAA